AUGGCACAGAAUGGGUUUCCCUGGCUUUCGCAGUCUCGAGAUCCAGAGAAAGAUCCGUCAUUGCUAGAUCCGAACCAAGCUAUCUCACGCUCGGGCGAACCGGCGCCAAACCCUCGAGCCACUUCUCCCAACUCAUCGGCACACCCCAAAAGACAGUCUGGUGCACCACACUCUAACAAACGGACUGGGUCGGGCAAAACGCCGCCACCUGUCAAAUCCUCCAUUCCGAAUGGCCUGUCCGAUCCUCAAAUUUCCAAAGCGACCUCACCGUUACCGGUUCGGACGAUCCCUCCUUGGGUGCAAGAUGCAGAAGAAGACGACCUUGAUGACACCGAAUUCUCCCUCCCAGGUAGCCCGGGUGCGGCAUUUGUUGCUCAACACAACCACAGCCCGGCCUUUCUCCAACGUCCCCUUCUGUCAGGGAAACAACCUGAUUGCCAUGAGUACGUAACAUCCUCUGGCCACGGACGACCCGAUCGAACCUCAAGAUGGGCCACUUUCGCCCGUCCAAGUGCUUAUCCGCGCGAGACCUUCAACGGAGAGAAAGUCGAUGCAGAUUAUUGGAAUCGGAACUUCACCGAUUACUCCAAAGCAUGGCUGGAAGAUCACGAGGAGGAUGAGCUGGAGAGCAGCAGCAGAUACCGCGCUUUCCGAAGGAAGCGGCAGGCCUGGUACAAGCGGGCGCAGUAUACCAUUCUGCGGAAUCCUUUCAUCCCUUUGUUUUUCCGAUUUACGAUUUUCCUGUUUGCACUGCUCGCCCUCGGCCUAGGCACCUCGAUAUGGAAGGAAACAGGACGAAUAACUUAUUGCAUCGAGCAAGAGCCUCGAGACGCCAGAUGCCGGAGGUUAGUUGGCGAUGAAAAACCAGAUUACUACCGAGAUCCAUCGGGCCUGAUGGCCAUUAUUGUGGAUGCCAUUGCUUUGCUCUACACCAUCUACAUCACAUAUGACGAGUACUUUUCCAAACCGUUGGGACUGCGACCCGCCCGUGCAAAAGUACGGCUAGUGCUUCUCGACCUUUUCUUUGUGGUCUUUCAAUCAGCAAACUUGAGUCUCAGCUUCGAGUCUUUAACAGUAGAUGAGGGAGCUUGUCAGUCGGGCCCCGAUCCGAGGACAGCUUCGAAGUUCGAUCAAGUGUGCCACAGAGCGCAGGCUUUGAGCGCUGUAUUGUUGGUGUCUCUAACUGCCUGGCUAAUGACUUUUUCUGUCAGUGUCCUACGGUACGUGUCUAACCAGGAAUGUGGUGUGAAGUGUUACUAA